GGUGGGGGUGGUGGUGGUGGUGGUGGUGGUGGUGGUGGUGGUGGUGGUGGAAGACAAGAUAAACUGUCGCCGAGUUCUAUAACAUCGAUCACAGGUAUCCGACAUCUUGGAUUGGUUGGAAAUGACAGGAUAGUGAGCUCUACAGUGCACCUCGAAACCGCAGAAAUGAGCUCCUUAUAUCCAGACCAGCAAGACAGUCUUGGCGACAAAAGAACCAACAGAAAGGAGGAGAAGGAAAGCAAGCGCAAGUGGUCGACUGAUGCAAGUAUUGCUGAGAAUGUUGGAUUUUAA